AUGUCGCAGCGGCCCGAACUCGUGCAGUGUCCUUAUGACCGAUCCCAUUUGAUACAACCUCACGCCAUGCCGAAACAUCUGUACAAAUGUCGCAAGAACCAUCCCUGGAUCAAGCUUGCUUGUUGCCCAUUCAACACUGCUCACCGUGUUCCGAAACCGGAAUUGAAGCUGCACACGGCUUCCUGCGAAGAUCGUGCGACGUUUGAGGUGUACAAAUACUGCGUAGCUAGCGAACCGGAAAAGCGACCCUUCGAAGAGCGGGAACCCAGAUUGAUUUACAAUGAUCGUGGGGUUUCCUCCGCCGGUAGUGGUAAGACUUUGCUCGAUGAUGAUGACGAGUGCUGGGACAAUUGCAACGAACCCGCCUACAAUCCACAGCAGUACUGCCGAAGCGCGAACAUCAUACGGAAGGCAACGCUCAUGAAACCAUCGCAGAAGAAGCAAUUCUAUCGGGAGGAACAGAAACGGCUGUCGGAGCUAAGGCAGAGAGAAAAUAGCAGCAGUCGCAGUAGUAGUAGCAGCAGGAAUAGUUUGGCAGAUGACGAGUUGGAUACGUUCAGUGCAUCGUUUGCUAGUGGAAUGAAAAUUCAAUGUCAAUUUUAUGGCAUUGAUAUCAACAAAAAUCAUUUUUAUCAAAGUUUAGUGGGAAUGUAUAUCCAAGAUUUGGACGAGGUCUCGCCAACAAGCCAUUAA